CAAGAGGAGAAGGGCAGAAGCAAGUCGAAGCAGUCCAGUCAACCGAUCAACAUGUACAAGGUAGCCCUUUUCGCCUGUAUGGUGGGUGUAGCAGUUGCCCAAUAUGGCCACAACUACGGACAUCACGAAGAAAAAUACGUUGAUUACUAUGCCCCACCACACUACAAGUUCGACUACAGCGUCCAUGAUCCCCACACCCACGACGUGAAGAAGCAGGAAGAGACCAGGGAAGGAGACGUGGUCAAGGGCUACUACUCCCUCUACGAACCCGAUGGUACCGAGAGGAUCGUCCACUACACCGCAGACAAGCACAAUGGAUUCAACGCCGUCGUAGAGAGAAAAGGACACGCUGUCCACCCACAAAACUAUGGACACUCCUCUGAAGCUUACUACGGACACCAUUCCGGUGGAUACUCAGGUUCUUCAGGUGGUUCCUCCGGUUACAGCGGUGGAUCAGCCUCUUCUUCUUCAUCUUACCACGGACACUACUAA